AUGGAUGAUAGUUUCUUUAUACGAUCUCCUUCAUUACUCUCACGGGCUAAUAGUAGAAGAAGUCACACUCCAUCACCUCACUUAAAUAGAAGCUAUAGUCGAUCAGCCGACAUGAUAGAUUCCUUAAAAAGAAGUAUAAGUAGGAAGGGUGCAACAAGCUCAUCACCUGUGGAAACUCCAAAUAUCACUUUAAGUAAACUAAUGAGUCAUAAUCAUACAAAUACAACAAAUGUUUCUGGUGAUUUGUCAAGAAAUACAAGUCGUAGGAGCACAACUCCAAUUAUAUUUUCUCAAUCCAAAACACGGAAGAAACCUCAUCAAGUUGAGAAGAGGCUUGAAUGCUCAUUAGAAGAAUUGUGCUUUGGUGCUACUAAGAAGGUAAAGAUAAAAAGAGAUGUUAUUUCGGAUGCAGGAAUAAUUGUUCAAGAAGAGGAAACUUUACAUAUUAAUGUCAAGCCGAGUUGGAGAAAAGGAACAACAAUAAUAUUUGAAGGAAAAGGUGACGAAAAACCAGGAUAUUUACCUGCAGAUAUCAUAUUCUUGAUAGAUGAAAAAAGACAUGCUUUAUUUAAAAGAGUAGGCGAUGACUUAGAGUUGGGUGUUGAAAUCUCUCUACUUAACGCUCUUGUUGGUUGUAGCAUAACCUUGCCAUUACUAGGGGGCAAAAAAAUGUUUUUGCGAGUCGAUGACGUAAUGUAUCCAGGAUACGAAAAAGUUAUUCAAGAUCAAGGAAUGCCUAUGUCUAAUGAAUGUGGAAAACGAGGUGACCUACGACUAAAAUUUAUUGUAAAUUUUCCAAAUAAAUUAAGUGAUGAUAAAUGUAUAAAAAUUUGUAACAUCUUAGAAACUUGUUUUUGA